AUGCAAAAUGUACAUAUUUUUUCUUGUAAAAUUCAAUUACAGCUCUGGCACGAGCUCUGUGACCUCAUCUCACAAAACCCGGACAAGGUGACCUCACUGAAAGUGGGAGCGAUUAUCCGAGGAGGCCUCACUCGCUUUACUGACCAGCUUGGCAAACUCUGGUGUUCUCUGGCUGAUUACUACAUCCGCAGUGGACACUUUGAGAAGGCUCGAGAUGUAUAUGAGGAAGCCAUCCUAACCGUAGUCACUGUGCGAGACUUCACCCAGGUUUUUGACAGUUAUGCGCAGUUUGAGGAGAGCAUGAUCGCUGCCAAGAUGGAGACCACGUCUGAACUGGGACAAGAUGAAGAUGGUGACAUUGACUUGGAGUUACGAUUGGCCCGUUUUGAGUUGCUGAUAACUCGACGGCCACUUUUACUGAACAGUGUGCUGCUGCGUCAGAACCCUCACAACGUUCACGAGUGGCACAAGAGAGUCAAACUCUAUGAGGGCCAACCUCGACAGAUUAUCAACACAUACACAGAAGCUGUGCAAACGAUAGAUCCUUUGAAAGCCACAGGAAAACCUCACUCUCUCUGGGUGUCCUUCGCCAGAUUCUAUGAGGAUAAUGAACAGCUGGAUGAUGCUCGGACUAUCUUUGAGAAGGCCACAAAGGUGAACUACAAACAGGUGGAUGAUCUUGCUGCAGUGUGGUGUGAAUAUGGAGAGAUGGAGCUGAGACAUGAGAAUUAUGACCAAGCUUUGCGUAUACUAAGGAAAGCAACAGCAAUUCCAGCAAGAAAAGCAGAGUAUUUUGAUUCAUCAGAACCAGUGCAGAAUCGAGUUUAUAAGUCCCUGAAAGUGUGGUCCAUGCUUGCAGACUUGGAAGAGAGUCUUGGCACAUUCCAGUCCACAAAGGCAGUGUAUGAUCGCAUCAUUGAUCUCCGGAUUGCCACUCCUCAGAUCAUCAUUAACUAUGCCAUGUUUCUUGAAGAACACAACUACUUUGAGGAUAGUUUCAAGGCAUACGAGCGUGGCAUUGCCCUCUUUAGGUGGCCUAAUGUCCAUGACAUCUGGAACACGUACCUCACCAAGUUCAUCGACCGUUAUGGAGGCAAGAAGCUGGAGAGAGCUCGCGAUCUGUUUGAGCAAGCGCUGGAUCGGUGUCCUGCUAAAUAUGCCAAAACAAUCUACUUGCUGUAUGCUAAGCUGGAAGAGGAGUACGGUCUGGCGCGACAUGCCAUGGCUGUGUAUGAGAGAGCCACUGCAGCUGUAGAACCAGAGGAACAACAUCAGAUGUUCAACAUCUACAUCAAACGUGCAGCAGAGAUUUAUGGAGUCACUCACACAAGAGCCAUCUAUCAGAAAGCCAUUGAGGUCCUGCCAGAUGAGCACGCCAGAGACAUGUGCCUGCGCUUUGCGGACAUGGAGAGCAAACUUGGGGAGAUUGACAGAGCGAGAGCCAUCUAUUCCUACUGCUCACAGAUCUGUGAUCCAAGGGUGACCGCUCAUUUCUGGCAAACAUGGAAGGAGUUUGAGGUACGCCAUGGUAAUGAGGACACCAUCCGCGAGAUGCUGCGGAUUAAACGCAGUGUGCAGGCCACAUACAACACACAAGUCAACUUCAUGUCCUCUCAGAUGCUCAAGGCUACUGGAACAGUGUCAGAUCUUGCUCCUGGGCAGAGCGGAGUGGAUGACAUGAAGCUGCUGGAGCAGAAGGCUCAACAGCUCGCUGCAGAGGCUGAGCAGGACAAACCCAAACCUAAAGACAAGAUCCUCUUCGUCAGGAGUGACACCUCUCGCAGUGAACUUGCCGAACUGGCCAAACAAGCUAAUCCAGAUGAGAUUGACAUUGAUGAUGAAGAUGAGGAUGCAGAGGAUGGGGAACCAGAUGAGGUGCAGUUGGAGCAGAAGUCUGUCCCUACUGCUGUCUUCGGAGGACUAAAGGAUGACUGAAUUCUCUGCAGUUUUACAGAUGAUCACAAAACACCCAGAUUCAGUAACCAGGAAACUGCUAAAUGAAUUACAACAUGCUGAUGUGAAUUAUUGUAAAUGGCUUACUACAUUUUAGCAGUACCAAUUCAGACCACAUGGUGUCACUCUUUACAGCAUUUACAUGCUUUCAAUUUGUUCAUCAUGACAUUGGGUAGAUAAAAUGUUGAAGCGCUUGAACUAUUGUUUACCCCUCUCUACUGUAUAUUAAAAGAACAAUCAACAUGCCUGACAUCUGCAGAUCAUUUAUUAUCUGAUUGCAAUAUUGUAAACUCUCUGAAGGCCCUGCCCAUAAUUGCAUGGGCACAUGGGUGGAGCUUUUCAGAUGUUUGUUUGUGCAAACAUCUGAAUGCUGUGGUUUGAGGAAUAUACCAGUUUAAAAAAAAAUGCACAUUUGGUCAGUGUUGUCAAACUUUCAUUGUACAUGUUACUUCAGCUGAAAGUUUAUUCUGUCUGUAAUGGGAUGUGGAGUUAUUUUUGCAGUUUUCGAGUCUGUUUAUAUAAAGAAGCAUAUUUUGAUUAUUUUAUUUGCAGUACAUUUUGAGUGCUGGUGUGCUGGAAAACCAAAGAAUGAAGAAAAACAAAUGCCCUGUUCCUCCCUAAUUAGGUUAAAAUAGUUCUGUGAGUUAAUCGUCUUACAACGUUACAGCAGUGGUCUCUUUAGCAUCAUGUGACCUGGACCUUCAGUGAAUUCUGUCCUCUGUUAGGUUUGUCCACAACUGAGCUGUGCUUCUGAAUCAUUUUCAGUGA